AGUACGGGAACUAAGUGCCUCCCCUCCCAACAGCUCUAUAAAAAGAGUCUCUCCAAGGUAUCCCGGCAGCUCCUUGCCUACUGGCACAGACCAGGAGAAACUUGGCUGCUGUGAGGGAGGGACGGCUGCCAGAAGAGGUGUCAGCAUGCCGUCUGCUUUCCAGUUUCAGUGCCACUUCGUUCUCAUCUUCCUGGCAGCCUCCAGAGGGGAAACCAGAUACCUAGAGGUGAGGGAUGCCAGUGAAGAUGAGCCCUUCCUCUUCCUCAGUGAGGAUCUGAAGAGAGAACUGUCUGCAGGGCAGAUCUACAGGCGCUCACUCCGGUGCAUCGACAUGCUGAGUAUAGAGGGGCAGUUCACCUUCACUGCAGAGCAGCCACAGCUGCACUGUGCAACCUUCUUCAUCGGGGAGCCUGAGGAGCUCAUCACAAUAGACUACAACUUUGUAAACGUUGACUGCCAAGGGGGUGAUUUCCUGAAGGUAUUUGAUGGCUGGAUACUCAAAGGAGAGAAAUUUCCUAGUUCCUUGGACCAUCCCCUCCCCACUUCCCAAAGAUACAUAGACUUUUGUGAAAGUGGCAAAAUUCAGAGGAACUUCAGGUCAUCACAGAAUGUGGCAAUGAUCUUCUUCAGGAUUCAUCAGCCAGGCAAUGGAUUCACCAUCACAGUCAAGAAAAACACCAACCUCUUUCCUUGCAAUGUCAUCUCUCCAACUCCUUCGGGAAGGUUUACCAUGGUCAUUCCUCAUCAGCACAGAAAUUGCAGCUUCUCCAUAAUCUAUCCAGUGGUGAUAAAAAUAUCAGAUCUUAUCCUGGGACAAUUAAAUGGCCUCUUUUUAAAGAAACUGACAGCAGGCUGUGCAGGAGUGGGAGAUUUUGUAGAGCUGCUGGGAGGAACAGGCUUAGAUCCAUCUAAGAUGUUUCCAUUGGCUGAUCUUUGUCAUUCCUUCCAUGGAUCUGCCCAAAUGAAGAUUGGCUGUGACAACACUGUGCUGCGAAUGGUCUCCAGUGGCAAACACAUCAACCGUGUGACAUUUGAGUAUCAUCAACUUGAUCUGCGGGAAACAGAAAACAGAAAGGAGAACAUAAUUGAGGAAUUCUGCUUUACUAGUAUCUGAGAAACCAGGCCACACAUUUUAGCACAACUAAUGAAAAUAAAGUUCCAGUGAAUUAAAAAAAAAAAGUAUUUUACCUUUAACCAGCUGAUAUUAUUGAGCCUUUCUACAGUUCAAGCAUAUUCCUUUUUUCAUACAAAUCAGUCAUUCCCAUGAGCAAGCAGAAAAAAGCAACCACUAUAUUAAUCUUUGUUAUUAUUUUUUCUGCAGUAUUUAAGCUCAUUUACUACACCUAAAAUCAAUAGCAGGAACAGAAGUCUAUGUUUCCAAUAUAAAUAUUGUUAGGAAAACAGAUGCAAACAUAGCAUAUCUAGUGUGAGGACUUAGGAAACCCACAGUAAGUAUAAACUUCAUGCAGUAAUUUUAUCCUUUUGUAUCAGUUAUAAACAAAGAAAUUAAAUGGUGGAAUACACUUCCAGUUUUGUAAGAGGAAACCCAAUAUUAGCAUGUGUAAAAACUUGUUUGUUUAUAACUAUAAAUGUACUAUUUAUUUCUAAAGAGAUGUUUUUAAUAAAAAUUUAUAGCAUGGAAACUUCCUUACAC